AUCGAACCGUUCGGACGUCGCUGCGCAACUCAAUUGUCGUGUUCCGGUUUUUGGUGUUCAAUUGAAGCUCGUUUAACGCUCGUUCGUUCAGAGUGAAUAUAAUACAGAUAAAAAGCAAAUUUAACUGGACUUAAAGUGCAAACGGAAUUCGUAAUCGUAUUUGUGCAGUGCUCAUCUAGUCCACCCACUACUACUACUACUACUACAACUACAGUGCAGCCCCAUAUAUAGAAACUGUCGCAAAUGCGACGCACAUCAAAUAUCUAGAGUAAAGUUAUAGAAGUAUCUAAACAACAGCAAGUCUAGUAACUAGCUGACACACAGCAAUGGCUACCAAUACGGAGCUGCUGCCCUUCCAUCAUCAGACAACAAUCUCUCUACAGACUGCCGCUGCUCUAACUAACUAUCACGGAGGUGGCGUCGGCGGAGGCGGCGGCGGUGGUGGUGGAGGAGGAGGUGGAGCUACAGCUGGUGGCUCGGCAGCCGCAGCGGCUGCUGCCUGGAAUAGGGACGAACUGUUUCAACAGACUGAGCUGCCCGGCUUGACACGCAACGCCCACCACCUGCUGCGCUUUACGCCCUAUGCGCUGCAUCAUCGGCCACAGCUGCAAACGUUGCCACCUGCGCUCUACUUGCAGCAUGCGGCUGCCGCAGCGGCAGCGGCAGCAGCAGCGGCUGCUGCAGCUCAUGCACAACAUCAUCAUCACCAUCACCAUCAUCACCAUCAGCACAGAGCCGCCUCGCCGGAGAGUCCGCCGCCCGUGGAGGGCACACACAUUAGCAACUUAUUUCCGGAGCUGCUCGAACAGAUCUUUGAGCAUCUGCCGGUGCGAGACUUGGGGCGGGCCGCACAGGUGUGCACCGCCUGGCGGGAUGCGGCAUAUGCGAAGAGCGUGUGGAAGGGCGUCGAAGCCAAGCUCCACUUGAAGCGCUCCAGUCCAAGUCUAUUCAAUUGCCUCGUCCGGCGCGGCAUUAAGAAGGUGCAAAUCCUAUCGCUGCGACGCUCGCUCAAGGAUCUGGUGGUGGGCGUGCCAGCGCUGACGUCACUGAAUCUCAGCGGCUGCUUCAAUGUGGCCGACAUGAAUCUGGGUCAUGCGUUCAGCGUCGACUUACCGAAUCUAAAAACGCUCGACCUGUCCCUCUGCAAACAGAUCACGGACACCAGCCUGGGCCGGAUUGCGCAGCAUCUGAAGAAUCUGGAAACGCUUGAACUGGGCGGCUGUUGCAACAUAACGAACACAGGUCUGCUGCUGAUCGCGUGGGGUCUGAAGAAGCUGCGACACUUGAAUCUGAGAUCCUGCUGGCACAUCAGCGACCAGGGCAUUGGCCACUUGGCUGGGUUCAGCCGUGAGACAGCCGAAGGGAAUCUACAGCUGGAGUAUCUGGGUCUGCAGGAUUGCCAGCGUCUCAGUGAUGAGGCACUGGGUCACAUAGCACAGGGUUUAACCUCACUAAAGUCCAUCAAUCUGAGCUUCUGCGUUUCGGUGACAGACAGCGGAUUGAAGCAUCUGGCCCGCAUGCCAAAGCUGGAACAACUGAAUCUGCGAUCCUGCGACAACAUCUCCGAUAUUGGCAUGGCCUACCUAACGGAGGGUGGCAGCGGCAUCAAUUCGUUGGACGUGAGCUUCUGCGAUAAGAUCAGCGACCAGGCGCUAACCCACAUUGCACAGGGUCUGUAUAGGCUGCGUUCCCUAAGUCUCAAUCAAUGCCAGAUUACGGAUCAGGGCAUGGUGAAGAUAGCGAAGUCGUUGCACGAACUGGAGAAUCUCAAUAUUGGACAGUGCAGUCGGAUAACGGAUAAAGGACUGCAGACACUGGCGGAGGAUUUGUCCAAUCUGAAGACGAUCGAUCUCUAUGGCUGCACGCAGUUGAGCUCGAAGGGCAUCGACAUCAUCAUGAAGCUGCCCAAGCUGCAGAAGCUCAAUCUGGGCCUUUGGUUGGUCAGAUGAUGCGUUCAUCAUGAUUGCAAUGCCUGCGCAGCGGCCGAGGCAGAGAAGUCGGCGCAGGCGAACGCUUAGGAUGCAGACAUCUAUGUCUAUGUCUCUCUCUCUCUCUCUGUAUGAAUGUGUGUGUGUGUGUCUGUGCGUGUGACUUUAGCUGAGGCUUCUUUUUGACUUUGUCUUCCUACUCGUCUCCUUCUACCUGCGUGCCGUGUUGCAUGUCUGACGUUGAAGGCAAGGCACGUAAUUACACACACCAGCACACACACAUACCAACAAACACACACACAAACACACACAGAGCUGAGCAGACAACUAAGUAAAGUAUAAAAAACAAGAUACACUGAAAACUCAUAGCUUUCGUUUGCCAUACCACACGCUGUACUAAAUUUUUUCGUACGAAUCGAGUAGAAAACGAAACAGCAAAAGCAACAGCAGAGACAGAGCGCAGGCAAGUCGAGCGAACGAGCGAGAGGCAGAAAACAACAAACGCCAACAACAAAAAGCAAACAAUGAACAAACACAUAUACAUAAACGCACAUACAUACAUAUAUACGUGCAUACACAAGCACGGCGACAGCGACGGCGACGGCUACGCUGUCAUGGAGCUGAAGCUUGCUAUGCUGCUGCUGUUGCUGCCGCCGCCGCAGGUUCCUAAGGGGCUGGCAGCGGCGCACUUGUGGGCCUGGUAGAGGUUAGCAGGGUUGGGACGGGGGCGCGACGCGUCAGCUUACACGCACGCAGCGCAGCGGCGGCGAUAAAAAGAAACAAGAGAAAAAAAUAACACGGCUGCAGCUAUGGCCGACGGCAGCAACAAAGUGCAUGGCGAUGGAGACGCGCGAUAAGCAUAGCGCAAGAGUGGAAGAGAGAGAGAGCGGACAAACACUCAUACACACUCAUAGCAUAUAUACGAAUGCAUAUGCAUAAAUGUGCGUGCGUGUGUAAGAGUGUAUAAUGCAGGCCGCAGUUAAACAGAUGCAAAUAAAUUUAAAUAGUUUAUUUUAAUUCACGCUUCGGCAACAACAGAAACAACGGCGAAAAAAACUGUAGAAGCAGAUAUAACAAAAGCCAGCGUCCUCCAACGCUACAACAACUACAGACGCAGCAAUGGCGUCAGCUGCGACGCCAGCAGCGACGCGCGCAGCGCUUUAAGCUUGCCCGCAACAGCAGCAACAACAACACCAACGACGACAACGACGACUACACAAAAAAGUUUGCUCUUUGUUGGCGCUCUCUGUCUCUGCCUUUUGUUAGAAAUGUUUUUUUUUGUAUU